GAAUAAUGGCGCAAUGACGUCAUGUCCGUUUUGGACGAAAACGUAACGUAAUUCGCCAACACGUUUUCUCCUAUAACCCACCAUUUCUUUAGGCUUGGCGCCUUCGUCAAAUGCAGUGAGCGUCGGUGUACGUAAAAUGGCGGACGGUGACAUUGAUUUGUACGCCGACGAUCUCGAGCAAGAUUUCGCGCAGAUUCACAGCAAGAAAAGCAAAAUGGUGUUAGCGGAUGAGUUUGCUGGUGAUGGCGUUGAUUUAUACGAUGAUGUGAUAGCAGCUCCUGCAGGUGGUAAUGGUGGUGUUUCUACAGGAAACAGUGGAGAUGGUGGAGGUGACACCACUUCACCUAAUGAGGAGACAAAUGGUAGUGCCCCUUACCAUCAACUUGGAAAUAACAUUCAACCUAACCAAAUUGGACGACGUCAUCAAUUAUAUGUUGGUAAUUUGACUUGGUGGACAAGCGAUCAAGAUAUAACAGACGCAGUGCAAAGUAUUGGUGUGUCUGAUUUUGUAGAAGUAAAAUUCUUUGAAAAUCGUGCAAAUGGACAAUCUAAAGGUUUCUGUGUAAUAUCUUUGGGCUCGGAACAAAGCAUGAGGACAUGUAUGGAAAGAUUACCUAAAAAAGAAUUACAUGGACAGAACCCAGUAGUAACAUUUCCUACUAAACAAGCUUUGAAUCAAUUUGAGUCUCAGUGUAAGACACGUCCAGCUCCAGCUCCUCAGCAGAGUCAGAGUCAGCGUCCUCAUAAUCCACAUCAGCAUCAGCCACCAAUGCCACCUCAUCAACAACAUCCACAGCAUCCCCAACACCCUCAACAUUCACAACAGAAUCAUGGUCCUAGGAUGAUGAUGGGUCCUCCACAAGUAAGACCACAGAGAAUGCCACCUCCAGGUAUGGGUCCACCAGGACCAGGUGGACCUGGUCAACAAGGUCCGCCACGUAUGCAUGGUCCACCAAUGGGUCCUGGACCAGGACCACACCAUCCUUUACCCGGACAUCCUAAUCAGGGUCCUCCGCCUCCUGGAUAUCAACAAGGACCAUGGAAUGGCCCAAGACCUAAUGGUCCACCUGGACCACCGAGAGGUCCAAGUGGACCUGGUGGUCCACCUCAACAAGGACCACCUGGUCCAGGUCCUGGACAACAUCGACCACCUGGAAUGCAAUUUCAUGGUGGUCCGCCUGGUCCGCCUGGUCAAGGACCUCCACGCGGUCCACCUGGACAUCCUGGUGGACCUCCAGGCGAUCCAAGAGGUGCCCAACCACGUCCUGAAUGGAAUAGACCACCAGGAAUGCAUCACGGGCCUCAGGGACCACCAGGUUUCCCUCAACAUCAACAUAUGCAAGGCCCGCAACCUGGUCAAGGCCCACCACAGAGAGGACCUCCUCCAGGUUCUAUGGGUGGAAUGUUACCAGGUCCAGGAGGACCCCCACCGGGACACGGAGGACCACCUCAAGGACCACCGCAAGGACCUCCCGGAGGACCAGCACCACACGUAAAUCCAGCAUUCUUCCCGCAAGGACCACCUCAUCAACAUCCAGGACAGCAUCCACCAGGUCCUCCUGGUCCACCUCAUGGACCGCCACAUGGACCGCCUCAUGGGCCACCACAUGGUCCCCCUCAUGGGCCUCCACACGGUCAGCCUCACGGGCCGCCCCAUGUACCACCUCACGGAUAUGGUCCACCUACAGCACAGCCACCUUAUGGUGCUCCGGGACCUGACCAUCGUCCAGACGGCCCUCCUCCACUUACGGAGCAAGAAUUUGAAGAAAUAAUGGGCAGAAAUAGAACGGUUUCUUCAUCAGCCAUUGCUCGAGCAGUGUCUGAUGCUGCGGCAGGAGAAUAUGCAAGUGCUAUAGAAACCUUAGUUACAGCUAUUUCUUUAAUAAAACAAUCUAAAGUUGCCGCGGACGAUAGAUGCAAAAUAUUAAUCAGUUCUCUUCAAGAUACUUUACGCGGCGUCGAAACCAAAAGCUACGGAUCAGCACGUAGAGAACGGUCCCGUUCUCGCGAUAGAGAACGCAGCCAUAGAAGGAGACGUGAAAGAUCAAGGAGUCGUGACAGAGAAUACAGGGAGAGAAGCAGGGACAGGGACAGAGAACGCGACAGAGAACGCGAUCGUGAAAGAGAGAGGGAUCGUGAUCGUGAUAGAGAACGUUAUUAUAGUGAACCAUAUCCACGAGAGAGAUCACGGAGCAGAGAGAGGGAUCGUGAACGCGAAAGAGAUCGUGAAUAUAGAGAACGAAGCAGAGAAGAAAGUACGACACGUCAGUCAGCCAGGCCAAGAGUAAAAGAAGAACCGCCAGAGACGGCUCCCGUCUCGUCUUCCAAGGCGUCUAGGUAUUAUGACGAUCGCUACAGAGAGCGUGAACGAGACAGAGAUCGAGAACGAGAGUCAAGCCGGAGACCAUCAGAGAGAGAACGAGAACCAGAGCGUGAACGGGAACGAGAACGAGAAAGAGAUCGUCGCGACGAAAGAGGAGAUUCUUCGCAUCGUUCGAGACAUUAAAACGAUUAUACAGUGGGAGAAACAGCAGAAAAAUGAAAAAAGAAUUUUCACUCAAGACACACGGAGAAAGAAGAACAGCAAGAUGUAGCAUGCAGUAUUUAGCUGCGAUCUCGUCGUGUUUGAUUUUCUUGCAAGUUCUUCAGAACAAACCCAAGAGGACAAGGACGUUCAUCUCUCGUAUAAGUCAAUCUAAAGAGUAUCUAGACACUUUCCUGAUCGUUUCUGCGAAUCGUUAAUACAUGAAAUUCUGAAGCUAACAAGGAAAUCCACUUAAGUCUCUCCCAUAAAUUUUAAUCUUCUGAGGUUUUUACAUGUUGAUAGAUUACGUGCAGAAGAGUACAUGCAUCUUAUUAGAACUUCAGUUUUAUAGAUUAUUUCCAAGAAUUUAUUCAAUAUAAGUAUUUUUAUUUCGCUAAAAGCAUCACUAAUAAUUGUUACAAGAAUCCUCUAAUAUUAAAAAAAAAAAUAAAAAAAAAUAGAAAUGAAAACUACAUAUGAAUAGAUUUACAAUAAUAUGGUCUAUCAACAUCUCAAAGCUUAUUAAAAUCUAAAGGGGACACUUAGGAAACUCUUUAAGAUAAAUUAACAUUUGUAAUCUAGUCUAAAUUUAUUUUCAAACUAUUUUAAGUUACUACUGUCCAGUAAUGUUUUUAUAGAUGGCUAGACGUAAUAUUGUGUUGCUAUCAAACAGACUAGAAUAUUCUUCUUAAAGUAAUUUAAUAUAUUAAGUUGUACCAUAUCAACGUGCUGAUUUUGAAAGAUGAUGGACGCUUUGACACAGCUUGAUAACGUGAAAGUAUCACAUAAUAACAUUUAUAGCAUAUCAUAUUGUACCUUAAAAUUUGAUGUAAAUAGUUCCAUAAACAUUUCAUCAAUAUUCUUAAUAUAAACUAACUGGCUUAUCUUUGAAAUUAUAGGGAUAUAAGAAUAACACGCACGAAUCAUUUUGCAUAUGUAAUUAAAAAAUAACAUGAGUCUUCUGAACAUAAUUUUAUUGUACUUUUAUGUGAUCAAGUUGUAUCAGGCUCUACGUAUUUUGAAAUUAGGGAUUUAAUAUGGUAUAACUUUAUAAAAUAUAAGUAACAUAGAAUCGGACUUAAUAUCAGAUUGCAAAGGGUUAAAGUAACCAUAGAUGUUUCUUCAUAAGUACAGAAUUUCAUAACAUCUUUCAAUAAUACAAGUAAUUUACGUUCAUCCUGAUAAAUGUCAGAAAAAAGCAUUCGUACAUGCCCUAGUUUAUAAUUUAUUUUAUUCGCGCUUUAUAACUGAAUGUUCGUAAGUCUUGUUUUAAAUAUAAGAUAUAUCUAUUUUUAAAUGUAAUGCAGACCACGAAUAGGGUAUGUAAAACAUCUAAAGAUAGAAAAGUUUGAUUAGGAAAGUGUCUCUAUAAAAACUUUUCAUCACAAUUUUAUCGCGAGUAUUUAGAGCAAGUUAUCACGGGGUUUAUAUGGUCGUAUCACGAGACUGUUAAACAGUUUCAUCUAUUUGUCCUUAAACUCCAUCAAUUUUUUGUUUGUUUUUUCUUUCUAAGCGACGUACACUAUUCUUUACACUAAUCUAAGAAACCAACGAAACGCGUACACUACACGUAAUACAUAUACAUAUAUAUAUAUAUAUAAAUAUGUAAUGUUUAAAGCAAAAGGUAUCCUUCGUUUAGUUUUGGAGAAUAAUAAGUAUGUGUUGUCAAUGAGAAUUAACAGCAAGUAAUAAGCACGACGAUAAGGUGUGGUAUUCAGUUGCGGUUUUGAAGCUGAAGAAGAGGUCAUCAGAAUUAUGAAGAUUUCACUAUGGACUCAUCGAUCUUCUUCUGGCUGCCCGUAACGAUGCAAGAUUGUAUCUUAAUAUAAUACAUAUAUACGCUUUCAAAAAAAAAAAAAUAUAUAUACGUGAUAAACGUGUCUUUACUUUA